AUGCCCUCAAAAGAUGUCUCAGAAGACUUCGACCCAUCCUUCUCGCGGCUUGGAGAGAAACUGCCGCUUCUAGGAUACUGGGACUUUGCGCCCGACGACGACGACUUUGGUCUGCAGCAGCGAUGGUAUCGAAAAGCCGACCUUUUGGAGAAUGGCUGUUACAUUGACGUACCAUGGUCUUGCGAUACCGCGGCUUCCGGACUGGAAGAGCCGCGCCCACACAAGAUCGUAUGGUAUCGACGCGACAUAGGCAGGAACAGGCUCAAAUUGUCUCAUCAGCUCCCUUCCGGCAAGGACGCAAUGGCGCGAUGCUUCAUCCACUUUGGUGCCGUCGACUACCAAUGUACCGUCUGGGUGGAAGGCUCCAUGGUGGGCACCCACGUCGGCGGUCACACGCCCUUCUCUUUCGAGAUCACCAACCAAGUGAAAGACGUGCUGUACAGCGACAAGGCGGAUGACAAGCUCACCAUCGUAGUACGCGCCCAAGACUCGCUGAACGACAUGUCGCAACCUCGAGGCAAACAGUACUGGAAGCAGAAUGCGCAGGGAUUCUCAAAGCCGGAGAGCAUCUUCUACACGCCGACCACGGGCAUCUGGCAGGACGUCUAUCUGGAGUAUCGGCCGUUGAAACACAUCAAGAGCGCGCACUUUGCCAGUGAUAUCGAUGCUGGCACGGUGCGCGCCGAUGUUGUGGUGGAUCUGAUCGAGACCGUCUCGCACGUCCAAUUGCUCACCAAGCCCGAGAAUUGGAUGACAUUCACCGUCAAACUAGACGGCAAGAUCAUCACCACAUGCAAAACUAUGGUCAGCCACGAAACAAACAGCUGCUCCACCGUCAUCAACGUUAGACAAGCAGGAACGCAGCCGCACGGAUCUAUGCGCACUCGGAUGACGACGCCCGGCGUACUGCCACCGGAGGUCAAUCGCGAUCGGUGGGAUAACGGAUUGGCACUUUGGUCGCCAGAAAGCCCCACCCUCUACACAGUGGAGCUCGCCCUCAGCAACACGAUGAACAAGGACGUCGAUGUCGUCUGCAGCUACUUUGGCAUGCGCAAGGUGUCGAUCGACGAUCAGGGCCGCUUCUGCCUCAACAAUCGCGUCUACUUUCAAAAGCUCAUCCUCAACCAAGGCUACUGGCCGGAGAGCGGCAUGACUCCGCUGGACGAUGCCGACUACGCCAAAGACAUACAACAGAUCAAGCAGAUGGGGUUCAACGGCGUGCGCAUGCACCAGAAGGUGGAAUCGCCACGUUUUGUCUACGAAGCCGACCGCCUAGGCUUGCUUGUAUGGGGCGAGAUGGCCAACGCGUACGAGUUCAGCACGAGCUACGUCGAGCGCUUCACUAAGGAGUGGAUCGACGUGGUGCGUCGUGACAUGUCGCAUCCAUGCAUUGUAGCCUGGGUGCCUGUCAACGAGUCGUGGGGUGUGCCCCACCUCAACACGUCUGCUCAGCAAAGGGCGCACCUGCAAUCGCUCUAUUACCUCACCAAAGCGAUCGACCCGACCCGACCCGUCAUCGACAACGACGGGUGGCAGCACGUCGAAACGGACAUGAUCACAGUGCACGACUAUCGAACCGCGCCGGAACUCGAAGCAGGCUUCUCGAGUCGUGCUGCCACCUUGCAGGAACGGGUGACUGGCUAUCCGAUCCUCCUUCCACCGCUGAUCUCCAGCCCGCGACGCGACGGGCUCCCCAUCCUCUGCACCGAAUUUGGCGGUCUAGCGUUGCGUGUCGACAACGUCCAAACCACCGCCAACGGCGUCAACUGGGGCUACGCCAAUGCCUCCGACUCGCAAGACUUCCUGCGCAUCUUUGAGGCUCAAGUCAAAGCUCUCACGAAGGCGAGAUCUGCCGAUGGCAACCGGAUCGUCCAAGGCUUCUGUUGGACGCAGUUCGCCGAUGUCGAACAGGAGGUCAACGGGCUCGUCACCAAAGAUCGACAAUUCAAGAUCCCGCCCGAGCAGAUCAAGGCCAUCCUCGACGCCAUCUAA